AUCACUACCUCAUUACUCAUCCAUGUGACAUCCACAACAAUUCACCCUCCAUGUUGUGUUUUCCCUUUCUUCACCUUUAUUAAAAAUGUCCAUUCAAUUAUUAAGGAAUAAUCAAAAUUCAGAAUACAACCACCACUACCAGUACAAUAUACACCCUGUAAUGUAGUAACAAAAUAUAUAAAAUUUCAAAACCCACAUUAAUUAUUUUAAACAAACAAACCCCCAUUUUUCCAAAAUAAAAAACAAAAAUUCUCAUUUCUUUAUCCUCUUUGCAAAAACGAAAUCCCAACCUUUCUUUCCCUUCCCAUCACUGUUUCUUUGCUUCCAAUUUUCACCAUACCAGAACACGAAAACACUCUUUCAACUACCAACAUCCUUCAUCUUCAAUCUCUUUCAUUCUCAUCUUCUAAUUCAAUCAAUAAAUGAAAUGGAAAAUCACAAUAAUAGACCCUCAAAAAACAGAGGAUACUAUGUUAAAAUGAAACUCAUGCAUAAACAUGGUAGACCUCAACAAGAAAAAAACAACUUCAACACUUUCCAUAAAUAUUUUAAAUGGAUUCUUUGGCUUUCUCUUUCUCUCUAUUUCUUCACUUCAUACCUCAUCAGCAACAACAACAAUAGCCACAACAACAACAACAUAAAACAUCAAAAAACAAAACCAACCCAUGUAAUAAAAUCACUUUCUGAACCCAUUUCAACCAACAAAACAGAAUCUUUGAAGAACUUGAAGGUGUUUAUCUAUGAUCUUCCACCAAAAUACAACAAAAAUUGGCUUAAAAAUUCAAGAUGCAAAACCCAUUUAUUUGCUUCAGAAGUUGCUAUUCAUAGAGCUUUAUUAACAAGUGAUGUUAGAACUUUUGACCCUUAUGAUGCUGAUUUUUUCUUCGUACCUGUUUAUGUUUCUUGUAACUUUAGCACCGUUAAUGGCUUCCCUGCAAUUGGUCACGCACGUUCGUUAAUUUCCUCAGCUGUUAAACUCAUCUCCACCGAGUACCCUUUUUGGAACCGAAGCAGAGGAUCCGACCAUGUUUUCGUAGCUUCUCAUGAUUUCGGUUCUUGUUUUCAUACCUUGGAGGAUGUGGCAAUGAAAGAUGGGGUACCUGAAAUUUUGAAGAAAUCGAUUGUGUUACAAACGUUUGGUGUUACUUAUGAACAUCCUUGUCAGAAGGUUGAGCAUGUUGUUAUACCACCAUUUGUUUCGCCGGAAAGUGUAAGGAAUACACUGGAGAAUUUUCCGGUGAACGGACGGCGAGAUAUUUGGGUGUUUUUCCGGGGGAAAAUGGAAGUUCAUCCUAAGAACGUUAGUGGAAGAUUUUACAGCAAGAAAGUGAGGACAGUAAUAUGGAAAAAGUUCAACGGUGACCGGAGAUUCUACCUUCAAAGACAUAGGUUUGCCGGUUACCAGUCAGAGAUAGCACGUUCAGUGUUUUGUCUAUGUCCAUUGGGGUGGGCCCCAUGGAGUCCAAGACUAGUUGAGUCUGUCGCAUUGGGUUGCGUACCGGUAAUCAUAGCUGACGGUAUCCGGCUACCAUUUUCCUCCGCCAUGAAAUGGUCGGAGAUUUCAGUUACGGUGGCGGAGAAAGAUGUAUGGAGGCUUGCGGAGAUAUUAGAAAAAGUGGCGGCGACAAAUCUAAGCUCUAUUCAGAGGAAAUUGUGGGACCCACGGACAAGGAAAGCACUACUUUUUAAUAGUUGGGUCCAGGAAGGAGAUGCCACGUGGCAGGUCCUACAUUCAUUGAGUGAAAAGUUGUAUAGGUCUUAUAGGAGUUCAAGGGUUUCACGCCAAUUAGAUUCUGACACGUAAUAUGUUUCAAUUGAGUUUAAGUUUGUUCUUGACAGCGUGGCUUUUGAAGAAUGAGCAUAUACACGUAGAUUUUGAUACACAUUGGAAAUGAAUUAGUCAAAUAAGAAAAUAAGAAAAAUAGUUAGUGGAUUACAGCUGGAAAUUUUUAAGGGUAUGGGACCCUACAGGAAUGUUGAUGUUGACGUGGGUAGCAUUGAUUGGAUGUCCGUGCGGUUUGGAAAAUUUGUACUGCUCUCGUGAAGUAUGAACGUGAAUAGUAGUUUGAGAGUAUAAUCAUCAUGCAAAUCCAAAUGUUCAUGGAUGGUAGAUUUUGUAAAAUCAUUUUUGCAUGUAAAUAAAUAUAAAUACUAUGAAUAUAGAAAUUAGAGCAUACACAAUUUUCGAAA